AAUUAACAACAGAAGAAAAAAAUUGAAUUCACAUUUUGCAUGCAAUGAAAGAGAGCUCAAAAACAGAGGAACAAGACGCUUGGCUUGCUGGUGCAACCAUCUUUCACCAAUUAUUGCUCUUUCUCUUCACUUUACCAAGAAAAACAGAGAGAAAGUGAGAGAGAAAAUCCAAAACCCUCCCUUAAAAAAACCAAAACAAAACAAAAACAGUUUGUAUCUAUCUAUCUAUCCACGUGCCUAUAUAGAGAGAGAAAGGGGUGAGUUGUAGAGAGAGAGAGAGAGAGAGAGGUGGGGGAUGAGGGAGAAAAGGCUGUGUUUAUGGUGGUGUUUAUCAUCAUCUUCUUUAAAGCUUUUUGGGCUGAUUGUUCCAUUGAUUUUGGUUUCUGGGUUUGUGGGUUUAGUGGGUCCGAAGAACUCCAAUUGGGUAUUUGAUUCGAACAAGUUGUAUCCAUGGGCAUGGAGUUCUGUGAUUCCGUCAUCAUCAUCAUCUUCUUCUGCAAUGUUUGUAGGACUAAAAUCAAACUCAGCUAGAGAUUCAGUUUCAGCAAAGGAGGAGCAUUUAGAUGCAGUAUCAUCAUCAGAUGAGUCCAUUCUUUAUCGCUCUUCUCCUCCACCACUUCCUAUUAAUCCCAUUCACAAAACCCAACCACCUGUUCAGAAGAAUGAAGCGAGCUUGAAUACUUCCACCAUAAGUGCACCUCAAAUUGCUCCUUCCACAAAUGAGUCUCACACUAUUCCCCCGAAGGUGGAACCGAAACGAAAGCCUAGCAAUUUAAAUAAACUAGAAGCCAGUCUCGGACGAGUUCGUGCUGCAAUAAGAGAAGCGAGAAAUAAUGGAAAUCAAACACACGAUCCUGAGUAUGUUCCCGGAGGUCCAAUGUAUUGGAAUGCCAACGCCUUUCACAGGAGCUACAUGGAAAUGGAAAAACAAUUCAAAGUAUUUGUCUAUGAAGAAGGAGAGCCCCCAAUUUUUCAUAACGGUCCAUGCAAGAGCAUAUACGCGAUGGAGGGAAAUUUUAUUUACCGCAUGGAGGUUAGCAAGUUCCGCACAAGAGAUCCUAACAAAGCCCAUGUCUUUUUUUUACCAUUCAGUGUGACAUCUAUGGUUCGCUUCAUUUAUGUGCGUGAGUCCCAUGAAUGGGCUCCGAUGAAACAAACAGUCAACGAUUAUGUCAAUCUCAUUGCGCGGAAAUACCACUAUUGGAAUCGAAGCCUUGGGGCCGAUCAUUUCAUGCUUGUUUGCCAUGAUUGGGUAAGGAAUC